AUGUCUUCUUCGGUGGUUCCAAAUUCCUUGCUCAAUUUGACUUCUUUAAGAACCCUCGUACUCAGUGAAUCUGGUUUACAUGGAGAAUUCCCUAGCGGAGUAUUCCACUUACCACAUCUACAGCGCUUGUCCUUGAAGCAAUUGGUCAUCCCUCGUUCCGAACUCCACGGAUCCAUUCCUACUUCUCUCUGGAACCUUCCACAAAUCAUUUAUGUGGACCUCUCAUUCAACAAUUUCCAUGGUAUCCUCCCUUCUUCAAUUUCAAACUUUACACAAAUCACUUUCUUGAACCUCGCAUCCAACAAUUUCAGUGGUAACCUCCCAUCUUCGAUUUCAAACCUUACAAAUCUUGCCUACUUUUGUACCUCCAAAUCUAACCUAUUUGAACAUAGGCCGAAACUUGAUUUGAGCAAUAACGACCUAAAUGGUACUAUUCCAAAUUCAACCUUUGAACUCCGAAACCUUACCCACCUUAUUCUUUCUUCAAAUAGCUUUUCUGGCACCAUUCCUACAUCAAAUAGAUUCAGUGAAUAUCUCAAUGUACUCGCUUUAAAGAAGAAUAACUUCUCUGGCACCAUCCAUGAUUCAUUUACCAGGAGAAAUUCCUUGACAACUAUCAAUCUUUAUGGCAAUGGAUUUGAAGGGCCAAUACCGAAGUCUCUGAUUAACUGUAGAUACCUGGAAGUGCUAGAUCUCGGAAGAAACAAGUUCUUUGAUGAAUUUCCGCAUUGGUUGGGAAAUUUACCGAACUUGCAUGUCCUAAUCUUGCAAUUCAACAAAUUUCAUGGGUCGAUCGUGACUUCCACGACCAAAUUUCCCUUCCCCAUGUUGCGAGUACUUAAUAUGGCGAACAAUAAUUUCACUGGUCCAUUGCCCAUAAAGUACUUCAAAAGUUUCAAAGCAAUGAUGAACGUGGAUGAGCAUUUUGAUUUGGAGUACAUGGGAAAUAGUCGUUAUUAUGAUUCUCUGACUAUAGUAAUCAAAGGAUCGACCAUUGAAAUGAAAAAAAUCCUUAACGUUUUCACAGCCAUUGAUUUAUCAAGGAACAAGUUCCAGGGUGAGAUUCCUGGGAUCAUCGGUGGGCUAAAUUCAAUUCGAGGACUGAACUUAUCACACAACAGCCUCACUGGUCAUAUACCAAAGUCGCUUGGUAAUUUGACGAAGCUAGAAUGGUUAGACCUCUCAUCAAACAAGCUCAUUGGGGAGAUCCCUCAACAACUCACGAAUUUAACCUUUCUCGGAACGCUUAACCUUUUGCAGAAUCGCCUAGCGGGGCCUAUACCUCGAGGCAAACAAUUCGAUACAUUUUCAAAUGAUUCUUACAUCAACAACUCGGCAUUAUGCGGGCCUCCAUUGUCGAAUACAUGUGGCGAUCCUAAGGCAACACAACCACCACCAUCGCCAUUAGAAGAAGAAGAUUCAGAGCCUGUGAGUGGAUUUGGUUGUGAAGUCAUAUUGCCAGGGUAUGGAUUCGGACUGGUAGUUGGACUUGUCAUGGGAUAUCUUAUGUUCUCGUUUGGUAAACCUCAAUGGCCUGUAAAGAUGGUUGAAGGUGUAGGAAACAUUAAUGGAAAGAGGCAGAAAAGCAUUGCACGGAGGCGUGGAGGCAGAAGAAAUUAGCCAACUGCAAAUGGUAUUGUAAUGAUAUGGUGGAAGAGGCAUGAAUCUCUUGCAAGUCUCAGAUAUGGGUUUCUGGCAUUUCUCUGAGGAAAAACUUUGAUUGUAGGAGGUUGAUCUGUUGGGAGGUGUGAAUAAAAAGAGCACAGCCAAGUGAGAAUCUUUAUGCUUAGGGUGAUCAGUCCAUAACUAUUGUGCUUUCUUUACGAAAUUUCGUACUUACCUAUUCCAUAAGCCUUUCUAUGUCCCCUUCCGGCCUUUCCGGUCUUGGAAGGAAGAAGAGAGUAUACACAUCUAAUGUUGUACUGCUCUCCGGUUUCUAAAUAAAUUGAUUCAAUAAUAUAUGCCACUUAUAUC